AUGUACACUGUAGCGGGUUCGCAUAUUCCUGUACGUUUUCCAGAAGAUCUGGAUACAGGGCACCUCGAUUUUCACGAUUAUGUCGAAGGUCCUAUUGAUCAGACUAUAUUCACUUCAAUGAUUGAUACCUAUGGUCCAUGUCAUCCAGGUCAUGGUAGUGCUGGUAGCACUAACCGGACAUGCACUCAUUAUACUGCGCAAACACUACGUCGUUCAUGGCCAUGUGACAAUCCCACAUGUAUCUGA